UCCAAAGUCCUUCAGAAAUUGUGGUAUAUGUCACCUUAGCAUGCGGACUUCUUGCCAAUUGAAAGUUCUGUUCAGAACACUAGUUGGAGGUCCUCACAUCUGCUGCAGAACUCAAGCUAUGAAGGCUGCAGGGAAACAAUUACCAAAGAUUUAUGUAACUAGAAGAAUCCCCCCAGAUGGAAUCAAAAUUCUCCGACAAUCGGGAAGUUGUGAAAUUGAACAGUGGGAUUCUGAUGAUCCAGUUCCACGUUCUGAACUUCUUAAGAAGGUUGCUGGAAUUCAGGGCCUAUAUUGCCUUUUAACAGAGAAGAUUGACAAGGAAUUGCUGGAUGCUGCAGGUCCCAGCCUUAAGGUAGUCAGCACAAUGUCUGUUGGGUAUGACCAUUUGUCACUGGAUGAAAUAAAAAAACGCGGCAUCAGAGUUGGAUUUACGCCUGAUGUAUUAACAGAGGCUGUGGCUGAGCUCACAGUGGCAUUGUUGCUGGCAACAUCUCGACGACUUAUUGAGGCUGUGGAUGAAGCAAGAAGUGGAGGAUGGGGAACAUGGAAGCCUUUGUGGAUGUGUGGAAGUGGAUUGACUGGUAGUACUGUUGGAGUCCUUGGUUUGGGAAGGAUAGGUGAAGCUAUUAUGAACCGUCUGAAACCAUUUGGUAUCAAGAAGAUUCUGUACAAUGAUAUAGCACCAAGGCAUGAAUUAGCAGCAAAGAUUUCUGCUGAAUAUGUGUCUUUACUGGAACUGGCCAAUCAGUCUGAUGUUCUUCUUGUCUGCUGUGCACUAACACCUGAUACACAUGGCAUUUGCAACAAACAGUUAUUCUCCAACAUGAAAAGCAAUGCUGUGUUCAUCAACACCAGCAGGGGAGCUGUGGUAAACCAGGAAGACCUUUACCAGGCUCUGGUAGCUAAACAGAUUGCAGCUGCUGGUCUUGAUGUUACAGUGCCAGAACCCCUUCCUACAGAUCAUCCACUUUUCAAGUUGAAAAAUUGUGUCAUUCUCCCCCACAUUGCCAGUGCCACGGUGGAAACCCGGAAUGCCAUGGCUGCACUUGCAGCAAAUAAUCUUUUAGCAGGAUUGAAAGGUGAUCCAAUGCCCAAAGAAGUGCCAUUGAGCUAGUAGAAACCAGAACGUUACAUCCACUAUAUUUACCGGUUAAUAAUUAACAGCAGAAAUGAGGCUGACUGGUGAUGUAUAGCCUAAAACUGCCACAAAUUGAAUACUGCUCAAACGUUUUCUAUAGACUAAAAUGAAAAUAAAUGUAGGAAGUCAUUCUUAGAUCCUUCCCUCUAUGCGGGUUGCAGUAUAUUACUACUCAGCAUAACUAUGCAAAAAGUGUUUUUCUAUCCGAAUGUAGUUCUUACAAAAUGUUGGUUACUAAGGUAGAACACUAGAAAUGUAUAUACAUAUAUUGGAAUUAAAUAUAUAAAAUCCAAGUUAUGUAAUAGCUGUUGAGGUUUACCCUCUCUAUUUGUGGGAAGAGGGGGGG